UAGGCGCUGUGGUUUGACGCUGUCACGCCGCUCUCACGAUGAGCCGUAUUGGGGGGAUCCUUGGCUGUGCUAGUCUUUCCGCGCUCCGUGUCUUGCUGCCCAAAGGCCCCCGAGCAGGUAUCAAACGGCUUCUUUCCACAGCUGAGUUCAGACCUCGAAUAUGUAUUGUAGGCAGUGGACCAGCUGGAUUCUACACAGCACAACAUCUCCUGAAGCAUCACAAACUGACUCAGGUGGAUAUUUACGAGAAGUUACCAGUUCCAUUUGGCUUGGUUCGUUUUGGAGUAGCUCCUGACCACCCAGAAGUCAAGAAUGUGAUCAACACCUUUACACAGACAGCCCGCUCUGACCGCUGCUCCUUUUCUGGGAAUGUGACUGUGGGGAGGGAUGUAACUGUGGAGGAGUUGCAGAAAGCCUAUCACGCCGUGGUUUUGAGUUACGGUGCUGAGGACAAUCGGACCCUUGGAAUUCCUGGAGAAGACCUUGAAGGCGUCUACACAGCGAGAGCAUUUGUAGGAUGGUACAAUGGCUUGCCAGAGAACAGAGAUCUGAAACCAGACUUGAACAGUGAGACAGCUGUCAUCCUAGGUCAUGGGAACGUGGCGCUGGACGUUGCACGGAUUCUCUUGUCACCUCUUGAAGUUCUUCGGAAAACAGACAUCACGGAAGAGUCCUUCUCGGCCUUGGCUAGCAGCAAAGUCAAGCGGGUGUGCCUGAUUGGCAGGAGGGGUCCCCUCCAGGUGGCUUUCACCAUAAAGGAGCUGAGGGAAAUGAUCAACCUCCCCGGCGUUAGACCUCUUCUGGAUCCUGCAGAUUUCAGAGACCUUGGAGAUGCCAUUAAAGACAUCCCAAGACCUAAGAAACGUCUGACUGAGCUGAUGACCAAAACAGCUUUGGAAGAACCAUCGGAGGAGGUGGGUGGCCGCUGGGCUUCAGCAUCCAAAGAAUGGAGAUUGAAGUUUCUGCGCAGUCCACUGGAAGUGUUGCCCACCAUUGAUGGAAAGAGAGCAAGAGCAAUCCAGUUAGCAGUCACCAGGUUGGAAGGUGCAGGAGAUGCUGUGAAAGCAGUUCCCACUGGAGAAGUCGAGGAACUAAGGUCUGGCCUGGUUUUUAGCAGCAUUGGGUACAAAAGCCUUCCAAUUGACCCUGCAGUGCCCUUUGACAGCAAGCGAGGCGUUAUUCCCAACAAUUCAGGCAGAGUUCUUGGGGCACCAGGGCUCUAUUGCAGCGGCUGGGUAAAGCGUGGACCCACCGGUGUAAUCAUCACGACUAUGAAUGAUAGCUUUGACACAGCCCAGUCUGUGCUAGAAGAUCUGCAGUCUGGUGCCUUGGAGCUCUCUGGUGCCAAGGAAGGCUUUGAUUUAGUGAGCCACAUCCUUCGAUCCCGAGGGGUCCACCCUGUUUCCUUUUUGGAUUGGGAGAAGAUUGAUGCUGUUGAAGUGGCAAGAGGCAAGUUGUCUGGAAAGCCUCGGGAGAAAAUAGUCGAUCAGGAGGAAAUGCUAGAACUGAUCGGACACUGAGACUGGACUUGCCCAGGGCGAUCGACAUGAUGCUCCUGCGCCAUUCAAAGGUUGCAAGAGAUUGUGCAGUUCCCUUUCAUUACUCUACAGAUAUUCCACUAGCAACAUCUACUGGGUUUUAACAUCUGAAUCAGUUGAGGGUACUGAAACUUGUUGCUAUCCCAAGUGAUGGGUUUCAUCUAAAGUCUGGUACAGUGUUUCUCAACUGUGGUAACUUUAAGACGUGUGGACUUCAAGCUGGCUGGGGAAUUCUGAGAGUUGAAGUCCACACGUCUUAAAGUUACCAAGGUUGAGAAACACUAGUCUGGUACAUCCUUGCGCUGUUUCUAUUGAGGAGCUCUCUGUUUCUCUGGAGCUACUCCAAGCAACUCCCAAACAGGAGCAGUUCUCUCUUUGUCAUGGUCCCUGUAGAAAAGGGGACUGGAGCAGGUAAAGUCUUUCAGAGUUUCAUUUUCAGGGAUUUAUAAACAGGUGUAAGUGCCUUAUCUGCUUUUGCAAGGAUCUGUGAAGGGUUUUUUUUGUGGGGUGGAGAGGGAAUUGAGAGUGGUGGUUGCAUUUUGUUUUAUCCUGGUCUCAUCGCCACAUGUACAAACCAAUUGAACAACUGCUGGGCGUGAUUUCCACCACAAUCCCUCCUUUUUCCCUGCAAUUCUGCUGAUCUUUUGCCAUUAGAUCUGCUGACAUCAUGACAGCCUUCAUAGAACAUUCACAAUUAAAUGGGCAGAGCAUUCCACGUGAGUUGGGCAGCUUUACAAAAGCUUGAAAUAAAUAAAUAAAUAAAUAGCAAUUUGUAGGUUGCUUUGAAGAUGCUGGAUGUAAGUGUAAAAUCAGUUUUGCUUUAGAGGAAAGGAGGAGAUCAACUUGGUCUGAGUAAUCAUGAGGAUAAGCCAGAUAGGAAAGGCAAUAUCAGUCACUUUUCCUAUUAGCUCUGAAAUUCAUUCCUGUUCACAUCCUGACUUUGCUAUCCAAUUGUGGAUUGUAUAAUCAUUUUUUAAAAAUAAAGCUCUUUCUCAGAUGGUGAACCUGGGUCAGCAGUCUAGACUUCAGUUUGUUGUCAAUGAUGAAUCCUUUAGCCACAACAUAUGCUGAUUAACCUAUUGCUCUUGCAAUUCAAGGAGCUGGAAAAUGCAGGGCUGGGCUUCAUAAAGUUGACUGAUUCUUGCCAGAUUCCGGUGCAUACUAAUUCUUGAUAGGUCCUGGGAAAUCAAGGGAAAUGGCUUCUUUUUUCCUAGAAGUUCAAACUGAAGAUGGAUUACUACUAACAAAUUAAAUAACAUACAUGUGUACUUAAUAAGCUUACUCUUAAGGAAUAGUAUAAGAGAAAAUUCACAUAAACUAUAACUGAGCCUACCAUUCCAUUCCACUACUGCAGACUUGAAUGUAAAAGUUUUGAAAUGUAGGUGAAGAGUGUGUGGUUUAACAUUUUUCUCCACUUCCUUUUUAUCUAAAAAAUGGCUCCACAUCAAGAAGCAGCAGCUUGCAUCCAUUCAGGUUCAGCUACUUCUCAGUCCCAGCAAUUAAGAUGGGAAGACUUGGCAGGAGACUUUUAUUUAUUCAUAUUGGAAAUUUAAUUUGAAGGUUGGGAUUAAUGCCCCCGCUGGAAGAAGUAUUGAAGAGCAGAAAGGCAAUCUUUGGGGCCUCCUGCUUUGCACACUUGAGACAGUUGACUAUCAUGUAAAUUCACUGUAUGGACUCCAUGCCUUUGAACUGCCAUUAUAUUAAUUGGGGGCCUCCUGGCCAUCUGAAAACCUGGGGGUCCUCUCCUUCCAAGAUGAAAUUCCUGUGGACCUUCAACUUCCUUGUCCUGAAUGUUCAUUAGGUGGCGCCAUGAGGCCACACUACUGUAUUACUUACAGCCUCCAAGAAAGUAGAUGGCUUCUAAAAAGUUUGUGGGAAUACCUGAAGUUUACUUAAAAGUCUGCCUUCCUGCAACCUGAUGCCCUCCAGAUGUCUUGGACUUCUAACUUCCAUAAUCCCUGAUUAGUAAGACCUUUGGCACCAGGAGGGCACAGGUUUGGGGAGUAAUUGACCUAAACAUGAAUUUAAUGCUAUACCACCAUAGUCACUAAAGAUGAUGUGUAAAAACACAGCCUGGCUGUUAAGGGCAAAGUUUGCUCUUUGUGCAGGAAGCCACUUUCUGAUUAUAAUUCCUGAUUCUGGAAUGAGGAUUCUGCUUUCCUUACCUGCUACCAUAUUGAGGGUGCUUCUAGCUUCCUGUAGAAAUGAUAAGUGUGCUAAAUUGAAAGAGCAGAGGUUAGGAAGUUGGGGGAUUAAUGCAGGACAUUUCUCCACUUGAAAUUUACAGCAGAACUGUAUUGUCCUGACAACCUCAAUCUUCCUCCAUGGUCACAUGACACUGGCCUCAUUUCUUCCUCUUCUCAUGAUUUAAACUAUCUUAAGUUACCACUUUGUGUACUGAAAUAGAAAUAACCUCUCCCUCCUUAAUUUUACACUGCCCUCUGCACACUUCAAGAUGUCAACAAAAUCUGUAAUGUUUUGUCAACCAUGAUUUUGGAGACAAGGCUAGGUGACCUUUUGUAAGUGUGACCAGGGCUGUAUUGUGGAAAGGGCAGGUGCUUCAUGUCUCUUUGGGUCAUUGGUCAGGCGCUACACAGCCAUUUCUCUCCUAGUGUUUGCCUUUCCUAUAGCAUUUUGUUUUUUCAGUUCCUUUUAUCCCUUUGCCUCUCCCCUUCCCUGUAUUUGAAAACAACUGCUCUUCGGGCUUCCAAACAGGUAGAGAACAGAUUUCCACUAUUUUGUCUGGGAAAGAAGAGAGGGCUCAUUUACACAACUGUAAAACACCACAAGUAAGUGGAGAGCUUUUAUCUUUAGAUGAAGCAACUGAUUUCCUCACUGCAGUUUCUUGAAGUAAAUGAGGGGCUAGUCAGUUUCAGUUCUCUGGCUCUACAGGACCUUGUUAGUAAUGAAAGAGUCUAUUCCCUUCCUCUUGUCUAUUCCUCUUCCCUUCUGUCCCGGAUGUCUCCUUGUGUGUAUCUUAAUUAACCAGUCUGAAUCAAAAUCUGAUACGUUACAUAGUUAAUUGGGAGCUGUCUUCCCAUAUGAGUCUUUAUUUCAUAUUAUUUUGAAAGUUUGAGAUGGGAAUGGGAUGAAGACAGGCAAACUUGCCUAGAGAUGCCCAAGCAAAGUCCCAAAAUUGUGCAAUAACAUCAGACUCCCCCCCAUUCAUUCUGCAAAUAAUGGAUAUUUGCCUGCUGGCAGAUGAUGUAUUGACAGGGAUGGCAGUAAAGCCAGAGGAUAAAACCAAUCAUCUUGCCUGUAACAACAUGUGCAUCCCCAAAAUCAGAGCUACAUCUUUCCAUAGGGAAUCACAAAUGAUGUUACUGAGGCAAGAUAGGAUUGAGGUUCUGCACAGCCAAGUUUAUGAUGGGAUAAUUUGCUGCCAAUGCAAGGAAGGCUGGAUAAUAUUUUAACUCAGUAGGAAGGAAAUGACCAUAAAGGAUUGGUUUUGGGGAACAGUUGCCUCUGAACUGGGAAACUGUCCUAAGCCUGUUCUGGAUGCAUAAUGGCCAUGAAAGCAAUGGCUGUCCAGUGUGCUAAGUCUGGAUACCUCAAACCUUGAUUGAUUUACUUAUUAAAAAGCAAUAAUAUCAACACAAGCACGUCUUGAUGGCUCAGUAUAGACCAGUUGCUAUGGCUGCUUCUGAGAAACUUGAGGUGCUUUUAUCUCUGACAGAGUAUGUCCAAAACUAAACCCACAUUGUAUGUGUUUCAGAAAUUAAAGAAUAUUUUUAAAGUUGAUCGUAAUGACAUUACAGAUUAUGGACUAAAGAAUUGAAACAUCCGAUAAUGGGACAUCAAUAGUUUCAUGUCCUAAAGAAUGUUAAACAAGUUUCAUUGAAUUUAAGAUUAAAAUUGAUGCAUCAAAAGAUUCUAUUCUGGAUACCCCAAAGAAUGUAUUUGAAAGGAUGGAUGUCAGAUUUCCUUUGUUGUCAAUGUAAAACAUUUGGGGGCCUCACAUGAUUUGGUCUUGUAAGCCACUGACUUCUUUCUGAAAUAAUGUAUUAUCAUAAGUAGAUUUAUGGAGAAAUUGGUAAUGUUAAAGAUGUUUAUGUAAUGUUAAAUUAUGUCCCAAAUCUCUGGAAUUUGACUGUUGGGUAAUUAUGGUUAUACUGGGCAUGGGGUAUUGCUAAGAUAAUUAUUUUGAGGAAUUGGAAAAGUAGUAUUGUUCCUGAUAUUAAGGAUUGGAUUCAAGAGAUUUUAAUCUGUUUUUAUCUAUUAAUCAAAAAUAAUGCAGUGCGUUUCCCUUUGGCACAGAUUUUAUGAUAUCUUUCAACAAUAGAGUAUUAUUUGUUUUUAAUCUAGAAUUUUUAAAAUGUUGUUUACUAUUUGAUGCAAUGUGAUAUGCUUAGAUAAUCCUUUUUCUUCUUUUUUUUUCUUU